GGCGGUGAAGAAGAGCAACCAACCGCUGAAUUGAACCAGCGCUGUGUCCUGUUAGUUGGACACUUUUAGCAUCGUUAGCAACGUUAGUAAAUGAUACACGUAACGUUAUCGCUAAAUGUUAAACAAUGGGCGACGCUGCCCGCAACGUAGACCAAAGAAAGCCAAAGGAGAUAUGCCUGAAGGAUAUAUGUUUCCGAGCUGUCAGGAAACAUUUUGCUGCUCUGGGCAUACAGGCUAUUCUUGAUCUUCCAGCGCCUCUCAUUAAGGAUCUUCUUCCGCACCUGACUAUAUGUCAGUUGGAUGAGCUCCAGCCCACCCUAAAUCAGAGAGGGAUAUCAACUCGCUCUGGAUGGGUUGGAAUACUGCAGGACAUGUGUGGACCUAACCAUGUCAUAGACUUGCACACAGAAGAGGAGGCCAAACAUGAAGUUAUGAGAAUGCUUUUUACUAUUGUAUUCUAUGGCUUCACAAACAACUUCGUCAAACGAAACAUCGCAAAUUUAAACACGCCAUCAUUCCUGUGGGCUGCAGCGAAAUGUAUCAGACAUUUUUUACUCACUACGAGCUUGCAUAAGCCCCUUCAGAGUUUGACUGCUGAGCAGCGGCCCCUUCUAAACCUCUUAGAGAAGCGUAUCAGGAGUGUUGGUGUGUCACAGUCCAUUGAUCUAUCAAAGAGGAAAACACAGACUGCGCUGUAUGUCCUCCAUCGCCUACUAGACCACGGCGUGGCUAAAGAACUCGUCGUACAUGUGCAAUGUCCCGUUGUGCUGGCCUGGCUCCUACAUGGAAGGGGUUCUCAGUAUGUAAACCCAGAGCUGAAGAAUGUAAUGGGCAGCAAAAAGGCAAACUGUGUUUCACAAGCGGCUUCAGCCAGUGCAGACGAGGCCAGUUGCAGUUCAGGUGUUGAGACCAGGACUUCAGAAGAUCAGGAUGAUGAAGUCACUCCAUGCAAACAGUUAAAGUUGGAUUCUGUGGCUGUGAAGGGAGAGGAGUCUGGAAAAGCAAAGCUGACUGUGGACCCGCACAUUCUCUGUCAGAAAUUUACUCCAUGUGAUGGUCCCUCAGUGGGGGCUUGUCCAUGGGGACAGAUCCAUUGUCUGGAGAUCAGGCAGUGUGGGUCCGACUCCCUUAGAGUGCUGAACUCUGCCCUGCCUACAUUUUUCUGCCUUCGCUCUCUAACACUGCACAGCUUUUUGAUCUUCAGGGACUCGGAUGUGUUGGGCCUGGCCAGGACCCUGAAGCAGCUGUCUGAGAGCUCCCACAGCUCCCUCACAGAUCUGAGCAUCAGUGUCCUGCCGUACACCGAGCUGGUGGAGAUCCUGCUGGACGCGAGCCCCAAUGUGACAUCCCUGCACGUGGAAAUCCAGACUCUGGUGUGGGGACAGCGCUUCACACCACAUCAUCCCAGGACUGCUGAGUCAGACAUGUCAGAGCUGCCCCUGGAGAAACUGACAGUCAAAGUAGCUGAGCUCCAAACAGACCUGCAUGUGAUCACAUCGGUGCUGAGACGCUCUCCACGUCUCACCACACUUCACAUAGCUGGGAUGAGAUUACCAACUGGCUCCUCUCAAAGCCAACUCCUCACCACUCUCAUAGAGUCAAAUCACUUCUUGAGGAGUCUCAACCUGGAGGACGUGAAGCUGUCUGAUUGUCUUCCUGAGAUCCUAAAACUACUGAGAGCCUGCAGGUUGGAAGAGCUACGAUUUAAUGACUGCCGCCUUCUUGAGAAGUGGAGCGACAAGGAGGAGGGUUUGAAGCAGCUGGUGGCUGCUCUGAAGAGGGUGUCUUCUCUCCACACACUCAGCCUGGCUCAGAAUCGACUAGCCAAGAACGUGUGUGUGCUGGCAGAGCUGUUCUCAGGAUGCUCGCCAAACUCAGUGAGAAGACUCGACAUCAGCUCCAACUUCAUCCAGCCUGCUGAGCUGCUGGAGUUUGCCAAGAGAUUGAGGACCCAUCGUCCCCCACACCAGUUGACCCUUGACCUUAGGAAAAAUCCAGGGGAUCGAGACCCUGACACAUGGAAAACUGCAAUAAAGAGGCUCCGUCCAUUCUGUGUUCUACUGGUUGAAGGAUGGGUAUCAACCAACACAAUGGCCGACCACAUCAGCAAUAUGUGAAAGCUAGACGAAAGGUGGAUGUAAAAAGUUCAUGCAAGUUUGUCAUGUUUCUCUUUGACAGAGAAGAGCGACAGAUUAGAUAGAUAAGAUUCCAAUGACAAUUUUCACUGUUCAAUAAAACCCCUUAAAAUGUCAUCAAAACCA